AUGGAUGAGCCUCAUAUGAAACGCAAGUUGGCUAUCCUCAAGAAGCAUCCAGAGAUUGAAUCUCUUUAUGGUCAUGACUCUAGAACAUCCCUCAUCACCAUCCUCGCUGCUGCUGCUCAGGUCUAUUUUGCAUAUCUCUUUGGCAAGGUCUGGACAGAGACCACUUGGGGAUUCAUCGCCUUUUCAUAUAUCGUUGGAGGAUCCAUCACAGCAUUGUACGGUGUCCUGAUCCAUGAGGCCACUCAUAAUCAUGCUGCACCCACUGUGUUCUUGAACAAGCUUGUUGGUCUCACAGCCAACAUUGGUAUUCCUGUACCGAUCUAUGCUUCCUUCCGUCGCUACCAUUUGGAACAUCACACUUAUCAGGGUGUCACCGGAAUGGAUCCUGAUCUUCCUCUUGAAUGGGAAAAGAAGAUGAUUCGUGGCAAUGCAGCACUCAAGCUCCUUUGGCUGUUCAUCUACCCUGUGAUGUACGUUGUCCGUGGUGCAGCAAUGAAGAAGAAGCCCUCGACCUGGGAGAUCUAUAACAUCAUCUUUACUGUCUGCACUGAUGCACUUGUGGCCAAAUACUGUGGACUACGUGGAUUGCUCUAUCUGUUUGCUUCGCUCUGGUUCGGAUACGGUCUUCACCCUGGCGCAGCUCAUUUCAUUCAGGAGCACUAUACCUUUGAUGAUGGCCAGGAGACCUACUCUUACUACGGUAUCCUCAACAAACCCUACAUGAACAUUGGUCUCCACAUGGAGCACCACGACUUCACCAAGGUCGCUUGGUCGCGUCUACCUCAAAUCCGUGCUAUGGCACCCGAGUUCUAUGACUCUAUGGCCUACCAUACUUCAUGGCUCCUUGUUCACUGGAAGUUCAUCACCGAGCCAGGCUAUGGUCCUCAGUCCCGUCUUGGACGCACCAUGGAGGAUCACAAGACUGCUCGCAAGCAGGUCGGCAAGCUUCGUCGUGCGGAUGAGCAUGCUUAUGAAGAGAUGGCUCUGGAUGCACAGAGGGCGAAAGGGGAAUAA